AAAUUUAUUUGUACUGGGGAGUAAGUUAAAAGUUGGGAUUCUUUGACAAUUCCUUUAAGUUUUGAUAGAGAUUUUUAACUCAGAACAUGGAUGACGUGUAUUUGGAACCCAGACCUAGAAUAGUUGCUUCUAUGAUGAAACAAAAUGUCGGAAAAUGCGUCACAAUGAUGGGAAUUGUUGCUCCAGAAAAGAUCUCUACAGAUGGAAGUUCAUUCCAAAUGUCAACAGAAUCGGACAAAGAGAUUACGGUUCUUUUAAGUUCUGGGUUGAAUGAACUGCUUGACGGAAUAGUUGAAGUCACGGGAACCGUUGACCAACAGGAGAAUCUUCACUGCGUCGUUUAUCGACAAUUGAACUCAAGCGAAUCACUAGAUAUUGAAGCCUAUAAUGCUGCAAUUAAGAUGACACACAAGUUCCCAAACCUGUGUUCAUAUUCUCAAUGAAAAUGACAAAGUUAUGACCACUUGUUGCGAAAAAUUUCACGGACAAACCAAAUAUUAACAACAUUUAUUUCAACUUUGUAUUGGUUGUCACUUCUGCAAUAAUAGAAAUAUUUCAUUGAAAAUUCCACCAUAAAUCGUGGCUGUGAAAAUGUUGUGUUUUUGUUUGUUUUAAAAUUGGUUCUACUUUAAGUCAUCUAUGUUCUGUAUGUUGCUCUUUGUAUACUGUUGUGUAGGAAUAUUACAAAACAAUUUAUUUCUUAAGUCUGUUCUGGUUUAGUUUUGUGCCAAUUUAUAAGAAUUUUUGCUUAUUUUU